GCCCGAUGCCCUGCGCCGUUUGAGGCGCCGCGAGAAUCGCGCUUUAAAAGCUUGUUAACAUAUUUUAAAAAGCGCUAAUCGCACUAGUGGAGAAAACUGCCACGCCGAGAUAAAGCCCCAUUUUCCUGCUGUGCUUGUUCUCUGCACGCGUGCAGCGCUUAAUGUGAGGGGAUUCGGAGCCGGGACUGCCCGUCAGGAAUGGUCAAUAAUGGUUUCCGCAAGGCAGUUGGCAGACUUUGGCUAUAAGGCUUUUUCGGGUUCCAUGAUGCUCCUGACGCUGUAUGGCGGCUACCUCUGCAGUGUCAGAGCAUAUCAUUAUUUUCAGCGCCAAAGUCUCCUGAAGCAACCCGAGCAGGAGCAGAUGCAUGCAGAUGCCGUCAAGGAUUGAAGAUUGUCUGUGUACGACUGUUUGAUUCUGACUAGAUUAAUGUCAGAAAGCAACGCCAUGAGAAUCUGCUGCAAAGAAUGGGCAUUUCAGGCUGUGAUGUUAAAAAGGGUCGAAACAUCAGUGUGAUCAGUUAUUCAAGCAUUCUGUGUACAGCUUCUCUCCUUGUUUCUGUAAAUAGAUACUGAUUAAUUAUAAAAUAUAUAUUCACAGAA